AUGCAAGAAAUAGUUUGUGCAGUUUCUACAGCAAGGCAUCCUAGUGUUUGGAGUCACUUCUAUUUAUCCUACAAUCAACUGGAGGGUCCUCUUGCAAACAUUGAAGCCUUCAACGAGGCUCCAAUUGAAGAUUUAGAGAAUAAUAAAGGCUUGUUUGGUAAUGCCACUGGCCUGAAGGUGUGCCAAUCUACCCUAAGAAACAGGAAAACGAACAACAAUAAUACCUCUCUGAUUGCAGCCCUCGUUUCAGGAGAUCUGUUUCUUGGGUUCAUUGUAGUUGUGAUUCUCUACAUUCACCUCCCUCGCCAGAUUAAACAUUGUGUAGGAACAUGGGGCCGUGCAAGUGUUUACAAAGCUAAGUUGCAAACAGGCCAGAUUAUUGCAGAGAAGAAACUUCACACGCUACCAGAGGGUGGGAUAGAAAACCUGAAGGCCUUUGAGAGUGAGAUUCGUGCACUCUCAGGAAUCUGCCAUCACAACAUUGUGAAGCUGUAUGGCUUUUGUGCGCAUCCACGGCAGUCAUUCUUGGUUUACCAGUUUCUGGAAGGAGGAAGCUUAGAAGGGUUACUAAGCAGUGACAAAGAAGCAACUAUGUCUGAAUGGAUUUCAAGGAUAAAUCUGGGCAGAAGUGUGGUGAACGCUUUAUCCUACAUGAACCAUGAUUGCUUGCCUCCAAUUGUUCAUCAGGACACAUCAAGCAAGAAUAUCUUGAUGGAUUUAGAGCAUGCUGCUUAUGUCUCCGAUUUUGGCACAGCUAGAAUAUUGAAGCCUGACUCUUCCAAUUGGACUUCAUUUGCAGGUACAUUUGGAUACACUGCUCCAGAGUUUGCUUGCACAAUGGAAGUGAAUGAGAAAUCUGAUGUCUAUAGCUUUGGAGUGUUAACUUUGGAAGUGAUCAUGGGAAAGCAUCCGAGAGAUCUCAUGAUCUCAGUUCUCUCCUCGACAAUAUCAACUGUGCUUAAUACACCGUUGACGAACAUUUUGGACCAAAGGCUUUCACCUACAAGAGAUCAAGUUGCAGAGAAAGCGGCGUUUCUUGUGAAGCUUGCAUUUUCAUGCUUGCCAACCCACAAUCUCGGUCUGCCAAGCAACAGGUUUCCCAGGAGCUAACAAAUAUUUCAAGGGCACCUUUACCAAUCUCAUUUGACAAGGUUACCUUGGGGCAUCUUGUUAACAAUGCUUAGUUUCCUCAGUAUCUGCAUCAAAUAUUUCCCGCAAAUUUAAGAUUGUGUAUCCAAAUUUCGCUCUCUCGGACUGUAUAGUAAUUUCUCUCAAUUUACCGUUGUUUAUAUAUGGCUAUUGUCUGUUUAGUCUCUUCUAGCUACAUUAUUGAUUAAAAGUUUGUAACCUAUUCUAAAACUAGUUCACCUGUCCAAUCAUUUAGAUGGUUUUACCAUUUGUAGGCAAUGAGAUAAACGUUCUCUUGGUCACUAUGGGUGUGUUUGAGAUGAUAUAGUAGUUGAUAGCUGCGAGUGCAUCAGUCAUUUUUAAUGUC